AUGCUUCGGUGGACCGGAGGCAGUAAGGCGCGAGCAACGGUUCAAAGAGGCCUUGCUCCCAGUAGCAACACCACUAAUACUGGUUUUCAAGACGCAGGCGAUGACCAUAAUCAAAUCGGUUCUAUUCGUCACAGCGACCCUGCAAUGCGCGUGAGUGAAGGUGGUAUUAACAAUGUUAAUAGAAGUAACAGUGGUAUUCGGUUGGGGAGAAAUAAGGCUGAAGGGUCGUCAAGGAUCCCGAGGCGCGCCCGCCGUUCCACUCGUCGCCCAACUGGAUUAACCUCAAGCGGAGGAAGUAGCAGUCGUGGGGUCGACUGCGUGGCAUUGGACUGGUCAGUGAAGGCAGCAACUGAGCUGCGGUCGCCACGUGCGGAAACUACCACCGAUGCUGUUGGGCACGAGUCCACAACGCCUCCCACAUUGAAGGAUGAAUCAACGAGUGAGGGAAAUAUCGCUGACGGUGGCGGAACUGACAAAACACACCGCGUGGAUGUUGCGCGGCAGCAGGGAAGCAAACUGCCUCUACCCUCCAGCCAGCACGAGGGGCCUCCCAUCACUACCAGUUCGCUCUUCACGGGAAGGGGGUUUCCUUCUUCUAUAAUAAACGGUGGUAGUCGAUAUAUACCUUGUGAAGAGUCAAGUGGCAUGCGAAGCGGUGGUAUCUUGUUACCAUCGCAACAUAACAGGGAUCGGUCGUGGUUUGGUGUGCCUAACGGUACUGGCAGUCACCCUUUUGUACCGCGGAUGUCAGACGACAUGUACGUUGAUGUGCUGGAUGUCAAUUUUUACCAUCGCACUCCCUUUGUGCCCUCGUACACGUUCCAAGCGGUACCCGAAGAAUCUGAGUGGUUUGUGGAUGAAUCAAUAACGGCGCAUUCCCCUAACAGUGAUAUUUCUGUUGAGUCUCCUAACGGAAUGCCAAAGGAUAUGACUACAUGUAAUAUCCAUAAUAGUCGGAUCUUGCCUCCGCAUGAAACAAUGGGAGCGUGGGCAACCGAUUCGCCUCGGACAUACUCGGGGUGCGUUGCUUCGGGGUCACCGUCUUUUUCUCUGCCGGCCGAAGCGAGAGGAGGGAUGUCACGGUGGUCGUCAGCGUGGUUUGGACCUUUGGAAACGGUGAGCUCGAUAAUCGAGAAUGCAAAAGAGGGACCUGCGCCUGAGACCGAAGGUAAAUCGUCACAAACUUCUUUGUUAGACUCUUGUAGCGGUGGAUGCCUGCAAGUUUCCCCAGUGGAUGACGACCGGGCUGUGACUGUCAUCUGCCCUGUUUCACAAGAGUCGGGGAGAUCGCGGGAAGGGUCGAUUGAUCAACGAAAUGCCAAAACACCUUCCCUAAUGCAAGGUUUGGACAGGACCAACAGAACCGGGAGACGGCGCCAACGAAGAGCCAUAAACUUCGCUGGUGACGUUCCUUCCGCCAGGUACUCGUCGUUUCGUCAGCGGUCACGGUAG